GAUAAAAUAAUUAAGGGGAGAUGAUUUCUCUUCACCUUUUCUUCCUUCCUUUUGAACAUUUCAUGCUAGUGUCCCUUCUGCCCAGCUCUAGAAGCUGUUCAGAUUGAAAGUAGAGAUGCCAGAACACUUCUCAAAAUAUCAGAGAUGCCCAGAUAUGGGAAACCAUUCCCUAUCAGAAUCACUGCUUCUCAGGAUCUAGCCCUCCAUCCCAUAAGCCUGGCCACCAUCUUUGUUCCUAGAUGUAUGCAUUUAGGUUUAGUCUCAUUAAAACCUGUAUUGUUUGCUUGCUUGCCCCCAGUUUACUAAACAAUCCUGAUGGCUGUGCAUUAGUGACCUGUCUUCUUACUUAUUUACCUCUCCCCCAAUUUUUCUAUCAUGUGCAAAUUUUAUCAGUGAUUUUGUUUCCUGACAGGUCAUUGAUUAAAAAGCUAAAUAGUACAGAGCCAAGAACCGAUCUCUGGAAAACCACUUGGGAAGCCAACCUGAUUGAUUGAGUCCCUGUUUACAGUUACAUUUUGAGACCUAUCUGUUAGCCAGUUUUUAACCCAUUUAAUGUGUGCCACGUUAAUUUUAUAUUGUUCUAGGUUUUGUUUAACAAAAUGCCAUGUGGUACCAAGUCAAAUGCCUUGAAGAUGUCUAAUAUAUUAAGCCAACAUUAUUACAUUUAAGAACCAAACUUGUAAUCUCAUUAAAAAAAGCCAUCAAGUUAGUUUGGCAGAACCUAUUUCCCAUAAACCCAUGUUGAUUUGCAUUAAUUUGCAUUAAUUAACAGAGUCCCAUAUCAGUUGCUCCAUUAUCUUGGCCGGGAUUGACGUCAGGCCGAGAGGCCUAUGAUUACCCAGGUUUACCCUUUAUAAAAAUUGGCACAACACUUGCUUUCUCCUGGUCUUCUGGAACUUCCCCAGUGCCCCAAAACUUAUUGAAAAUCAAUAUUAACAAUCCACCAAGCUCCUCAACCAGCCAAAGUCCACACAUUGAACAAUGAGGAGAAAACAAAAUCAAACAGCUGUUCAUUCACCAGCCAUUUUGUGCACUGAAUGAGACAGGGGUCCUGUGGAAAAAAUGUGAUCAUAUAAUUCAAUACUGUACCUUAAUGCAUAUACACAAGGGCCCUGAAUGGAUUUGGCACAGUCUAUCUUAAUUCUGGCACUUCCUAACUAUUGAGUGCUUCUCUUUUCAACCAUAAUGUGCUUUUAACAGAACUCGCGUGUGUGGUAGAGAAUAUAAAUAUAUGGCCUUUGAGAGAAGAAUGGAAAACAUGAAGAGAAGGCAAAAAUGUCCAAUUAAAAAGAUAAUCAAAGGAAGCAAUUACUUGGACAAUCAAAUGAAUGGCAAGCAAGGCAGACUCAAAGUAAGGGCAAUAUAUAAUGGUAAAAGAGAAGAAAAAACGGAGUCCUUUUUCUUAACUCCAUCCUUCAUUAGGAUCUGUCCUAUCUGUACAACCGUCACUCAGCCACCAGUAAGACAUACUUGUGGGUUUUGUGAAAGAAGGAAGGAAAAGAGCAGCAGCAACAACUCUGUGUGCUAGCCGAGUGAGUGAGUGAGUGCUGAAAGGAAGUAUGGCUGCCUUGGCAUCUGCUGAUAAGAGAGGAGGUCCAGGGCAAGAGAAGUAGCUGCGGUUCUGUGAAGAAUGGAAAAGUUAGAGUGGUUAGUGGUGUUCGUGAAUUCCUUCACCUUCUGCAAUGCCAUCCUGGAACUGACUGGCACCCACAACAUUGAAGGGAUAUGGAAGAGUUCCGUCACCUUGCCAUGUGUCUACAGGCCUUCCCAGGACUUUGUGCAGCAAACAGUCAUUUGGACCUUGGACCGAGAUCAAAGCCCUGCUACCGUCUUUCGAAGGGAUAGCUCUGGCAAUCACAUCCUGUUGUCACAAUACAGAGGUAGGGUCAGCAUGCCAAAUAGCACACCAGGGGAUGUCUCUCUUGAAAUUGAGAAGCUUGAAGUCACAGACCGUGGACACUACACUUGCAAAGUCACCUGGAGAACCCAGAACAAGAGCCUGCUAACAAGGGAGAGAACCACUACAGUUAAUGUUGUUAAAGUUGCAGUGACUAAACCCAUCGUCAGACCAGGCCCUCUGGGAUUCACUGUACCAAAAGGGGCUAGGACAAGCCUGACCUGCUCUACCAAUGGAUCCCCACCCAUCACCUACCGAUGGUUCAAGGGAGAGCCAGGAGGAAACGCAGUGCAUGUGAGCAGUCACGCUGUACUCAUGUUUGAUUCUCUGCGAAUGUCUGACAUGGGGAAAUAUUACUGUGAAGCAGAAAACAGAGCACGCUCACAAGUCAUACAGCAGAGUGAUGCAGUGCAGCUGACUGUGAGAGCCCUUACAAAACCAGCAACCAUGGUACCCUGCUCUGAGACCAAGGCGCACACCAUCGUCUCGGAAGGAGGUUACCAGAGGACCAGCCUGCCCCUCUAUCUCAUCAUCCUGAUCGUUGUGCUCUGUGUGGCUAUGGUGUUUGUUGUCAUUGCGGUCGUCUUGUGUAGGAGAAAGACCGAGAAGGAUAAUCCAAAUGAAGUAACAGAUCAUAACUCCAUGAACCUCACAAGAGGAGAGACUUGUUCAGGUGUCAAUGUCAAGUGCACGUAUGAGGAAGCAAAAUCUAGAGGUGAAAACAAUUAUACAUCACAGCCUGUGAAAGAGAAUGAAUAUGAGACAAUUGGCACAGUGAAAAACGACUAUGCGACUCUUGUGAAAGCAACAGCAUCUGAAUAUGAACUGGGGGAUGUUCCAUAGAAAACCAGCAUUUACACACCAGCAGCAGUGCAGAAGAUAGGGCUGUAGAGCUUGAAUGGUGACCAUUCAUUAAGGGAAGCCCUUCAUCCUUUCCACCCUCUUCUCCAAUAACAAUAUUAAAGCAAUGAGCUUAACUGUUGAAGGGCAAUUGCAUCACCCUCUGGUUCUUCAUGGAAUCCAGUCUGCCCUAUUGAUUCUUGAAAACUUGCAUGAAACCUUCCUAAGAUCAGCUUCUUGGUGUAAACUAUCCAGGAAUGAUACAAGGUGAGAAGUUUCUCUCUCUCUCUCUCUCUCUCCUGGAUUUAACAUUGAGCACAGACAAUGGAAGGUCCUUUAAUAAUGCGAGGAGAGUUCAGG